CCGGAUUUGCAUGGGACGGAUUUCUAUGGUGCUCAUUUGUUUUAUGAUUUUGAACAAUAGAGCCUAUCGUAAUUACAAAAAGUGAAAGCUUCUUGUUUACAGUUUAUUAGUGGAGACACAAUGGGUAUUUAUAAAAAUGCAGCGAUAAUAACAGUAGUCAUUACUAUUAUUUUACCAACCGUAAAAUAAUUGACAAAACUUUAAGUGCCGGAGUGAGAUUACAACUGGAGACCAUAGCGUUGAACGUUAUGUAUUUUGUUCUAUUUUGGAAACCAAUUUUGAUGAAAAGCAUUAUCUAGAUUGUGAACAUAGCUGGAUAACUAAUUGACUUGAGGACAAUUUACUUGGCUUAAAGUGAUACAUACAUCGUUCCCUUCUCCGGCCGAGCCAUGAAAUAUGUAGAACAGUUGGCGGAAUAAAGCAAUAUCACGGAAAUGAAACAACGGAUGUAACAGAUAACGCCAUCUUUAUAAGACUAUUCGGUAUGACCCAGGUUUAAAUCUAGUCAACGUACUAUCAUUAAUUGAACGGUAUUGGCACGAACGACUUCUGCCAUAAACAAAGAUACGCGUUUUUAUUGUGAAGGCUGGAUUAUAUAAAAAGUGACACUUAUUCUGAGUUAAAAUACAUAGAAAGUGGCUAAUCACGAUACCCAUUCCCCAUUUCUCACCGCCGUCAAAGUUCCUUGCUAUCGUCGAUUCUCCACCCUUAGGCCAACCACCCACCACCAUCAACACGCUACCCUCGGUGCCUCCCACCGCCCGUCAUGCUCAAAUACACAACGGCCGUCACUAAUGAGGAUGGAUUAGCAUCGCCACAUCACCCGGAGCUAGAAUUCAGGCGGCGGACGAUCGAGGUGUCUGCCGGAAGUAAGGGCGCAUCAAAGAUGGCCAUCAAACGGCGAAGCGGCGUCAAGAAACUUCUGGCGCGUGAACAAAGGGAUGCGACCUACAAGCAACAGGAGGGGCAGCAGCAUCUCCCGCCCAUUGGGACCCCGAACUCACCCCAACUCCCGGCGCCCGCCUCCACCCCUCUCGACCGGAAAGAGAACUACCCCUUCACCGGUCUCAAGCGGAAGGAGAUACGUACGCCGUACGUGUCUCACAUUCACCGCGUGUCGGACGUCGCGACCCCAUACGUCCUGCACACACAGAUAACGAACAUUGACCAAGGCGUGACGUUAAACCGCGAGCACUCGAAACUGUCGAAAUAUUCCGGUAACGUGUUGGAGUAUAAACAUGAACCGGAUAUGCGUAACGAGCGUACGUACUCGAGUAUGCAAAAGCUGCCGACCAACCCCUCCCCAACACAUGACGCCAAAAGACCCAGAGGCCGUCAUGGACGGAAAAGCAAUAGUUUUAACGAACAUGACCUUAACCGCGGCGAAGAAUUAAAGGAACUCACGAUUCAUAGCAAUCAGAUGGGGUUAUAUAAACGUGCGGAUCGAAAGCAACGAGCCGAGCUUGGCAGAGGCAAGGCGGAUGAGUCGUUUUCGAUAAGGAAGAAAAUUGAACAGUUCCGAAGAUGGCAUGAGGAGCAAUACAGGGAAAAAAUAAAGAAACUGAAACAGGAAGUCGAUCAUCAAUUCGAGGCUGAGCAUAAAAUGAUGAACCGACAGGUCGGCGCUGUUCGAGAAACGCCGACAUCCAAGGAAAUGUCUAUAACUAUAGACGAUAAAGUUCCUUCGGAGAUAUCGCAUGAGAAAAUGGAUGAGGAAAAAUUGACUCCUAACCUUUCAUCAAACAACGAGGCUUCGAAGCCUCGUUCUGAAUCUGCGCGAACGUGGCGCACGUGGAGAAACGUAAACGACUCGUACGCGUACAAUGACGUCAAGAAAUAUAUAGAGGAAAACGAACUUAUGGAUGAUGAGAAAUCAGUCUGGAUUAAGAAAUGGGUUCUCGAAGUAAAUAAAGCUAUGAAAGACAUACACCAUGAAACGGUAUUGUGAUAGCUUAAACCUGUCCGCGUAAUACGCUGGAAUUAUCAUAUACAUGCUAGUGCACAUGUAUACAUUUUGUUCAGUUUAUACUCCUGUUUUGAAAGCUGUGCUUUACUUCCGCGCUGAAGAUGUUAAAUUUUCAAACACAAUCAUAUUGCUUCAGCUUAUCAACCCGUUUCUAUGGAAACCUUUGCACUAGUUGGAAACAUACCAAUCACCAUGGCAACAAACGUUACAAAGCGCUUGCCAAGUAGUCUUAAUGCUGAUAGUCGUGGUAAAACUGUUUUGGACGAAUGCAAAGGUACCGUUAAGACUGUUGAGUUCUAUGUGUGCUACAGUUUCCAUGGUAACAGUAGUUGUUGGGAUAAACGCUUCGGUUGUCAUGGAAAUUAAGCGUCCUGAGUAGACAUUCUGGUCUCUAUAGAAACGAUAUUUUCAUCAGCAACGACAAUGUCCGAAUUUUUUGAAAGUGUAAGAUUUCGAACGAAUAAUUUUAGGAAAGGUUUCUAUGUGUGAAGCAUUCCUAAAUUAUACUCAGACAAGCUGUUUGGUGUGAUUCCUAACUAAAAUAUGGAUUUACGUACACAAGUGCCGCUUUGUUUGGAGUUAUUUCACUUGAAGUGACGGUGUUAAACACAUCUGUGAUAUGAUCAGUAUAUUUAUUAUAUUUGUAAUCUAUUUAUAGUUGUUUAAUUAAAAUGUGCUCAGUAUUAAUUAGAAUGGACAAGCAACAACAGCAAUGCUUUGAAUUAUAUAAUUCGAUGGUGUUUUAAUAAAAUAUAUUACUUUUUCUAGAUAUAAAUCUGAAUAAUAUUCUAAAUAUUUUGAUAUACAUUCAAUCGCAUAUAUUGUUUAUUUUUGUUCAGAUAAUUAUUUUGUGCCAAAAAAUGUUUUGUUUUAGUACCAGUAUUUAUAAGUAGAAAAUGAAACUUGAACAUAUGAA